CUCUCUGACUCAACCUUAACUCAACGUGCCAAAGUCAAUUGCCUGCUGCCAAACUAGCUGUACCAACAUCAUCCGUCACAUCAUAAAAAACCGGCGCUAGCAGCCCCAGGACCCUCCAAGGCUGCUUCCAGAUAGCAGAAUGGGCUGUUGACCAAAAGAGGCCUAGACAUGCGUGCAUUUCCCGCGCUGCUGAUUAAACGCAAAUAGCCCUUUUCGCUCUCUUGCCAACUAACUCGACCUAUCCCCAACUCCUUUCUUUUUGCCUGUGCCAGCUUUAUAUCUUCGUUUAUAUCUCGCAACCGGGCUCGAUCCAUAUACCCUCAUUCCAGGAUCCCCAUCCCCUCGUUGAAGCCACUACCUGCAUUUGCUUGGAUACAUCGGUCACUCCUCUCUCUGGCCCGAUCCACCUCGUAACCAUGGCCUCACUUCUCGACUCGGUCAAGACCCUCAGCCUCAAUGGCUCCGUAAAGGAGGUCAACGGCGACAAGAUUGCCAUUCGCAACAUCUGCUGCGUUGGCGCUGGCUAUGUCGGUAUGUCACCCCUGCGUCUCGUUUAUUUGUCUGUGUCUGUCGACCGACUCCGCUGUCGAGAGUUAACCGGGACUCGAACCGAACUGACGGCUGGACAGGUGGCCCUACCGCCGCGGUCAUUGCUUUCCAGAACCCUCACAUCAAGGUCACCGUUGUCGACCGAGACGUGACCCGUAUCCG